AAAUUAGGUCAAGGGUGUGGAAUUCCCACGAGAAACCGAGUUGUGCUGGGGAUUUAUCUGCGUCAAACUUAGUAACAAAAAGUCAAUCCGUAUUGUGAGAUUGACGUAGGAAAAGCCGGAACCCUUUCUGUGUGGCGCUUGAGCUUCGCACGGUAUGUUUUGACUGUUACACCAGUGAGCUGUCAAGCCAGCAGCAGUGUCCCGGUUCUCCUGAGCAGCAGCCUGCAGGAUGGCCCAGGCAGACAGCAAGCUGCUGGUUCUGGGAGCACUGGCUGGAGUGGCUGGCAUCAGUUUGGCUGUGGUGUGUUACCAGGGCUUUAAGUCAAGACGGAGGAACUCUGAGCCGGGGUACUACAUCACCCGCGCCAAUGAACAGAGGACUAGCGUCAUGUUGGUUGAUGGUCCAGGUCUGCCAGGGGGUCAGACUGAGGUGCUGGAGCGCCUUGAGGCUCUGAUCAAGUGUGUGUCCGAGCUGAAGGAUGAGAUGAAGUCGUUGAAGAAUGCUCUGCCGACACUGCAGGACCAUGUCAGGGAAGAGCUGAGGGGGCAUGAUGAGACGCGCCGAGUCAGCCCUCUCCACAGGACCACACCGACGCGAAGGAAAAGGGCUGCAGGCACCCUGACUGGAGCCAGAGCUGGGGGUCGGAGUUCAGAGGAAGCAGAGAGCGAAGGAGGGUAUAUGACUGCACUAACAGACUCUGAGGAGGAAGAGCUAAGCGAUGCAGAACAGAGGGAUGAAGAGCAACCUGCAGACAAGUUAUGUGACCUCCUUCAGAGGAUCGACUGUCUGCAUCAGGGUACUGAAUCUGACAAAAAGGAAAGUCUCACCGUCCUUUUGGAGCAGAGAGAGGAGUUUGGACAGGAUUCACCAUUUCUUUGGCGGCUAAUCCGAGCUUACUGUGAUGUCCAUGAUGUCAGUUCCACUCUGGAGGAGAAAAAGACCCACGCAGAAAGCGGGAAGAGAGUUGGCGAGGAGGCGGUGGGCCUCAACCCUAUGUGUGCUGAGAGUCAUCAGUGGUAUGCCAUCAUGUGUGGAAUUAUGGCAGAAUAUGACACUGUGCAGAACAAGAUAAAGAACGGAUACAUCUUUAAGGAUCAUCUGGAUAAAGCCAUCGAGCUGAAGCCACAAGACCCCAUGUCCUACUACCUGCUGGGACGCUGGUGCUACGCUGUGGCUCAGUUAUCAUGGAUUGAGAGGAAAGUUGCUGCAACAUUAUUUGGAGAGCCUCCAAGUGCCACAGUCGAAGAUGCGCUGAAGAAUUUUCUCAAGGUUGAGGAGAUCCAACCAGGAUAUUCCAAACUCAACUAUGUGUUUCUAGCUAAGUGCUACAAAGACCUGGGCCAGAGGGAAAAGGCAAGAAAGAUGUGUGAAGCUGCUUGUUCAAUGAACGCUGUGUCCAAAGAGGAUGAAGAGGCACAAAAAGAGCUGAACUUACUCUGCCCAGUGCUCGGAGUGUGACGGCAGCAGUAGCACAUUCUUUUGGAAAUGUAUUUUCCGCGUGCUGUGUGUGUGUGUGUGCGUGUGUGGGUGAAUAUCGUGUGUAUUGAGAGGCCAUCAUGUUAAUUCACUCUGUGAGUGGAGGAAGGUGUGCCGUGGCAUUAUAUCAUUAGUGGGAGCAAUACACGACAGUCAGUCUUGUCCUGUGUAGUUUUAAAUUAGACUUGUACUCUAAUAGUGGAAAAGAAAAACUUUUCAUACCUGGUUGUAUCAAAUCAGUGAGAUUAGUGUUUCUUCUCUCAAAUAAUCAGGUCUAUUGCCAUCAAGUCUAUGUGGUGGAUUUUUAUUGAUUUCAAAUAUUUUAAAUAGAUUUUAAAUAUUAAAAGAAUUGGGUUAAUCAUAAAUAUAUAUUCCCAGUCAAUCCAUGUAUAGCAGACAUUCCCACAGAGGUCUGAUAGCUCUGUCACCCCAGUGUGUUUCAAGGAUACCAAGUUACCUUGACAACAAAGUCACCUUUGAGGAAAGUGACCCACAGGACUUGUUGUUCCUUCCUGUUCCGUCCUGUUUUUUUGUUUGGUUUUUUUUGUUGUGUCUCCUACCACACAUUGAAAAGGCAGUAACAAAAGCACAUCAGACAAAGACGCACCCAAACAAAGAUCUUGGAAUGCUGUGACGACUGGACGACCGCUGGCCCUCUUCGCUCUGCCGUCAUUCAGACGAGCGUUAGCGCUCCACCGCAACAUUUACGUGCAGACUUUAUCAAAUGGUUUGAUCAUAGAUGGAUUGUGUACUUUUAAUGCGAUCUGAUGAACUGUGGUUGUUGACUUUGGCAUCUGUCCAGUGACGAUAUUUAUUCACCUCCUGUUACUCAGCUCCUGCAACAAUAAUUUAUCUCCGGUAUACCCGUAAUUCAUUUCUUAUUCCUGUCAUUGUGCAAAGCCGCCACUUUUAAACAUUCACAUGGAGUUCUGACUUGCUCACAUUUUAUUGGUCUUAUUUUAUUUUUUAAUAUGUGCAAACUAUAAUCAAUUUAAUUGAGACAUCUGUUUGAUUAUGAGCUUAAUCCUAAGCACAACACUCAAGUUAAAAAAAAUUGAGUGUUUAUAGAAGGCUCCUCUUACACUGCAUAUAUACAACACCUAAUUAUCCUAGUUAAGGUUCAAUUAAAGUUUUACUCAGAUUUCAAUUAAUGUUAAAAAAAACCCUGGUUAAAUCAUCAGGGCCCACAAUUUUUCCUUUUUCAUACAAACAGUAACAAAAGAUCAUCAUCAUCAUCAUCAUCAGUACAAGUUUAGACAAAUAACACAAUGAGAUUGUUAAAAAAUGACCGUACUGUGUGCAUGUAAAUGGAGUCAUUGAGAGGAAACUGGAGAGCAAGCUGUGUUUUUUUCGUCAUCUGUAUUUCUCUCUGGAACAGAAAGCUUGGACCAGUGGCCCUCUAUUAAGAUUGUAAUGAAUGUAGCAGAGGGAGCAGACCUGUUGCUUUGGCUUGAUGUGAUGGUCCAUACACUGACUGCAUUCCAGGUUAAAUAACGCCACCAAAAUGUGAUCUGAGCGGACUGAAGUCAUGUUUAAAUGUCUAAUUUUAAUACUGUCUUAUGGAUUCCUAAUUAUUUUACAGAUGAGGAUUUCGUUUUGUUUACUCUUGAGGUUUGUUUUAGAAGAACUUGUGGAUUUAGAGUCUCAUAACUUUAAUUAAAUUUAAUGUUAAGCUAUGUGAAUUAUGAAAAUUACAAAAGAGUUGUUUUUAUGUCGAUUUACAGAUUUUUCUACCGGCACUACGAAUGUAUUUGAUUUUUUUUUCAAAUGCCAAAGCAAGUCCAUUAUUCCUCAAGGUUACAUAAAUGAUGAAACACUACAUAGAGAUGAUACUGUACUGUAUAUAGGCAGUGUGCACUGAAUGACUUAAUGGUACUGGAGUCUAUAAUUAAAUCUGUGCAAUUGA